AUCAUCUCGAUCCGGAGAUGAUCUUCGGCUGCAACAGUCGCGACGAGGCGAGCGCGACGACCAGCUGGAAGCCGAUCGCGGCGGGGAUGUGAGCGAGAGGCGCGCGCGAGAGCGUCGCGCGUCGUCGUCGUCGGCCUGGUCGGUGUGAGAGGAGGAGGAGGAGGAGGAGGCGCGCAUACAGCACGUUGCGGUGUUGCUACGCACGUUCGCGCACGGUCGCGGCCGCGGGAAUCGACGGACGACUCGCACGCGAGCACGAUGGCGGAUUUCGACGCGAUCUACGAGGAGGAGGAGGAGCACGAGCAGAACCUGGAGCAGCACUACGUCGCGAUGGUGCCGGACCCGAUCGUGAUCCGCGGCGCUGGCAAUAUGACGGUAUUUGGUCUCAGUAAUCGUUUCGAAUCGGAGUUUCCUAACGGCCUCAUGUCCCGCGUGGCUCCGGAAGAGUUUAAGGCGACUGUUAUGAGAAUAAACAGUGUAUUGAAGAAGACUCUACCUGUUAACGUUAAGUGGUUAUUCUGCGGUUGUGUAUGCUGCUGCUGUACUCUAGGGUGUUCUCUGUGGCCUGUCAUUUGUCUGAGCAAAAGGACUCAACAUUCGUUGAACAAGUUGUUGGAAUGGGAAAACAGUAGGCUCUACCAUAAGCUGGGCUUGCAUUGGAGAUUGGCGAAGCAGAGAUGCGACACCUCCUCCAUGAUGGAAUAUGUUCUGUUAAUCGAAUUUAUUCCAAAGAUCCCAAUCUACAAGCCCGACUAAGUGGAGCACAACGUGGAGUACGUUCGAGCUGUGCAAUUAAUAAUACAUAAAUCUUGUGCGAAUAGUCAAGUGCAACUGCGACUGCAACUGGUAUGCAGGGAAACGCAGGGGAUUACAAAGUGCCGCUCUACGACGAUAUAGGUACUUUCUGGUACUUAUGUAACGCAUAUUUUUGUAAAUACCAUGGAAUAGGAAUGCACAGUACAAUAAUUCGACAUAGCGAUGGAUCGACGGCGUGUUGAUUGACGAUAGAGAGAAGAGCGAGAGAGAGAGAUAGAGAGUUGCUAACUUGUUAAUCCUGUUAUUAGAAGCGGGGAAAGGUGCGUUAUAAACGUAUUACGAGAUGACCGUUUUCUAACAGAUGUUCUUUAUAAUCGUUUGAAAUUUGUGGAGGAAUAAAUGCGAUUCUAGUUUUCCAUAAAUUUUUUCUUUGUCUGUUGAGAAUCUGUUGCGCCGAGGAUCGCUGGUUCGUUCGUUCGUUCGUUCGUUCGUCGGUCUCGUUGAACGUCUCGCGGAAACGCGUUCAUGGUAUCGAAGCAUUUUUACUGAGUUCCUUGUUACGUUCGGCAAUCCGUUACGCGUCGACUAGAGUCUAAGCUUUCAGGUAAGAAAUUAAUCUGAUCCAGUACAACGAACGUAUCGAGAUACACGGAUAAUAAUGUAACAGUGUGUUAAGGUGAUCUCAUCACGAUGAAUCUGUCUGAUCACGCGUAACGCAAGACGCACGCACGCGCCCACGUUGUACAUAUGUACGUGUACAUAUAUAGAAACUUAUUUUACCUGUAGGUUAAUUUCUUACCACGGUGAUAUUAGAAAGUAUGACACGUAAAAAAAGCGCAGCUUUACUUUCUGAUACGAAUUUCACACAAGAUAUUUUAACACGAUCGAAUCACAUCCGGGAUACUAAGGAAAAGCGCACGUUGUUACACGCGAUAUCGAGGUAGAUUCCAAGAGAGAGACGUAGGUAGCGAUCCGCUGAUAAAUAUAAAAUACAAACGGACGACGUAAGGUAACGUUUUAGCUCGCGAAACGCCAGCAGUUUAUAAUAGGGCAAACAGUACAGCUGUAGGAAGCACGAAGUAAUCACGAUUACCCGAAGCAAGUAGGAGACUGCCUUGAAAGAGCUUAUUGGCCCUCGUUUCACGUUGGAGGCUAAUACUAUGCGUUUUUACGUGCACACAGUGAUGCAUUUUGCGUUGGUGUGACUUUAAAGAAUAACUUGAACUUGCUACAUUUUUAUCGCGUUCGUUUAACGUUUAAACUAGUUUUAAGGGGGAAAAAAGGCGAUGAAACUCAAUCAAUCAAUUCUCAUUCCCCAUGCAUAAUAUACUUUGAUUCGAAAAGUAGAGAGCGUUGAAGUAUCACGGUACUGUUUACCCUAUUUUUGUUAGUAAUACACCGUUUCCUACACGAACAAAUGUGUAGGAAAUGUUAGGAUGACGUCUCCCAUGUAAAGCAUCAAGGAACUUGGUUGUGUAUUGGUAGGCACUAUUUUAUAUUGCAAUUUCCGCACGGAUAUUUCUCUAAUAACUUUCGUCUGCAAUAUAUAUAACACGAUAAUGCACCUGCGUUAUCAGCUCUGCAUUGUUUCCCACACUAAUGGACGCUAGAUCAAAUUUCCUCAUUGCCAAGCGCCUGCAAAAGGUAAAAAGGUUGUAGGAAAGUAUGCAAGCAAAAAAAAACACGAAAAGCAUGUGAAAACACUACAAGCGUUUCUGUUGCUGUUCAGUGGCUGUGAUCGAGAACAAAAGACUAGUUUCGAAUUUUGAAUGCGUAUCGCAAACAAUUACACAUAACGCCCCGUGCUUUGUCUUAUGAGGUUCUACGUGAAAGCCUUUUAUAGGAUUACCAGAUUUACUCGGUUUCUCCAACGUUUGUACUUACUCUAUAGAGUAAUUUAAGUCGAGGUGAAAAAAGAAAAAUGCAUUAGAGGCGUCUGUGUCAUGUAGAUUAUUAAGAACAAUAUAUUGCCAUAUCUGGUUACAAUCGUCGAACCAUAGGUAUAUGAUACGUUUUACCAAUAAUAUCGUGGAAAGUGAAAGCAAACAGUGAUUUACACUGAUUCCACUUCACUCGACUCCAUUUCACUCCAUAGAAAUAUUGUAGAACGAUUAUACUCUCGCGAUGAUCUGUUGGAUAGUUAUAUAAAUAAUAAUGUGUCGAAUAAUAAAAGAGACAGAGAGAGAGAGCGUUAUAAGCGAUCAUAAAAAUCUCACAUUAUCAUACUCAAACGGGUGUACGAACGAGUCCAUUAUUCAAUUAUUUUUCCAGUAACUCUACUACGGAUAAAAUAUCGAUAUUUCUGUAUGUAACGUCCCCUCAAUCGAUCCAUUGAACAAACUAGAUUAUAUGUAGGAAUCGAGAUGUACUGUGUAACGGAACCAUGCGCAUGUGCUUUCUCUACUAACCGGCUAUCGCAAUACUUUUGAUAGCACGUAAUAAGAUAUAAGGCUGUGCUAAAUCGGGCGAAGUGACAGAUAGUAUGGUUCUAAACUACGUUUUAAAAAAAGGCGAUUCUCGUGUAUCUCUAGGAAUGAGGAUUACUUAACUCGCCGAAGAACAAAGGCAGAUUUUAUUCCGUUGCUCGCGUCCCUAAACUUCAGUCACACGGUCUAAAUAUGCUUUCUUGAAAUACGUACACCAAGUAUCAGUAAAAACUGAGAAAAAUGCAAGUAAUGUAAUUAAUAGUUUGCAAAUAACGCCAUUGCACUUAGUUAAUGAAUUUAUUAAAUUUUUAGUCUACGUUGUUGGGCCACGUAUGCUAAAAAGUUAAUUAAUAGCAGUGUAGUUUUUAUAUAUUACAUUAUCACAUCUAGGCGAAAAAUUCGCGCGACCUUUGCCUUCGCGUACAUUAUAAACUAUGUAAACUCUGUAAAAAAACACGAUUUUUCGUUAAAUUUUUAUAAUUUAACGUAAAUUAAUAUCUUCAAUGCGAUCAUGAAGUAACGUAUUAAUUAUAAUGUGAACAAAUUUUAUCGAAAUUACUGCAGCGGCUUCGUGUAACGCGUAAAAGAAAUAAUUAAAAAAGUUAAACGUAGUUUUUUUUCUGAGGAAGGAUCUUAUCUCGAAAACGGAAAGGAGACUGGGCAAUUGUUAUAUAAUUAUCUAGGCAUUACAUCUACACAUGACAACGCAUAGUUUACAUAGUUUAAACGUAGACAUAGAGUCUCGAUGUUUAUGCAUAAUUAACUGGACAGUUAGUUUGUUAACAGAACUCACUUGAGAUACUGUGCAUUUGAAGCCAAGUAUACUUUUGCAACCUGAAAUUAUUUUUCAACUCGCGUUGCGUUUUUCGGAGAAGCUCAGCUAGCGUUGUACCGUGCCGGACACGCGAAUAAGGAAAGAUAUCAAAGCAUCACUCGAUAAAGAUUCUUCUAUUUGCUCAUAUCAUUCAGUGCGUCGCACAUUUUCAUGAGUGUCCAUGUAAAUAGAACAGAACGGGGCGUGUAUCUGCAUUGAACUAUUAAAAUGCGAACAGACGUGUGUCGCAUGGAAGCCAAUUGUCCGGGUAAUUGGUUUGCAUCUUAGAUCUGUUUCAUUACUAUUACUUAAGGAGAGAUCGGAUAUAUACUACGAGAGAAGCAGAGGUAUUUUUUCAAUGGGCCGGCUGGGUUUUAAAUAUCGGCGCCACGCCAAGGUACGGGAAUGUAAUAACAAUGUAAAUAAAGCGAUGACUCAGUGGAAUGCAUAGCGAGACGCGACUUAUAAUAUUGACGAUUAAAUCGCGAAACAUCGGGAGAGAGAAAGAAAGAGAGAAAGAAGGGAGAGGAAUAUAUUUUUGAUAGACAAAAGAGAGAAAUGCGAGAGUUGUAAAGAAUAAAAACUCACGAUUUGGUAUCGAAUAUUGUAAAUUCUUGCGUUUCAUAUAUAGGAUCUUCCUUUUGGGUGCAAAUGGAAUAUGUCGUAAAAAAGUAAUAACGACAAACUAAUCGGAAUAAAUUGCGGAAUCGCAUAUCAUGUUACACACUAUAUAUAUAUAAUGCGUUAUAUAAAUUGUACAUUAGUUAUAUAUUAUAUUAGAUUUGUAACUUGCCAAAGCAUUUAUUUACAUAACAUUUUCGAGCCGAUAGAGAAAAUUGUAGUUGCAAUGUAUUCUUGGCGCCAAGAGCGGCUAAUAGCGAAAUUAUUGUCAAGCUAUCGUGGUUUCAACAUGUGCCUUUCACUCGUGAAUUUGUGUGAAUCAUAAAUGUAAAUAUUAUAUGUUAAUAAUACAUGUUAAGAAAUAUAUUUGUAUAGAACGAGA